AUGAUGCUGCUGCAGUUCUCCAGACUGACCCUGGUUAUGGGGAUCUUCUUACCCCCUCUCUCCUAUGGAUGCCCCUCUGGCUGUCGCUGCUACAGCCUUACAGUGGAGUGUGGCUCUCUGGGCAUCAAAGAAAUACCACCAAGGGUCCCGUCCACCACUCAGACCAUCUUCCUCCAGGAUAACACAAUAAUCCAGAUCCGCCUCAAGGACCUGUCUGGUCUGGGUAGACUCCAGUACCUUUAUCUUCAGAACAACAGCAUCUCGGCCCUAGAGCCCGGGGCCUUCCUCAGCCAGGGUGAGCUGCUUGAACUUGCCCUCAAUGGAAACCUUAUCCACCUGGUCACCCCUGACAUGUUCCAGGGCCUAAAACAUCUCCGUAUCCUCUACCUGGCUGGUAACCAGAUCACCCGCCUCCAGGACUACACCUUCAGGGGACUCCAGCGUCUUCAAGAAUUGCACCUUCAGGACAACAGCAUAGAGUUGCUGGGGGAGCAGGCUUUGUCUGGCCUGUCGUCUCUGGCCUUGCUGGACCUGAGCAGAAAUCACCUCCGCACACUGGGCUCCUCCACAUUCAAACCGUUGGUCAGCCUGCAGGUGCUCCGAGUUACAGAGAAUCCCUGGCGCUGUGACUGUGCUCUGGGAUGGCUCAGAACAUGGAUCAAUGAAGAGGGUCAGCGUCUGCUGAGCUCUGCUGAGCAACGCCGACUGAUGUGUUCAGAGCCGCCGCGGCUCUCCCACCUCAGCUUGGUGGAGGUAGCAGCCAACAGCCUGGUCUGCAUCCCCCCUGUGGUGCAGCUGGAGCCCAGCCACCUGACUGUGCGCCUGGGGGAGAGCCUCCGCGUUUCCUGCCAGGCCUCCGGAUACCCUCAGCCUCAAGUCACCUGGAGGAAGGCCUCCCAUGGUAAGGCCCAUUUAUCACCCCGAGGCCUGGUGCAGGAGCUAGGCCCUGAUGGGGAGAUCUUCCGGUUGGGGUCAUCUGGAGGGCUGGUGACUGCACAGCCGAUUGGCGGGGGGAGCAGGAGUGGGAGUGCAGGGGGUGUUCGCGGGCUGGUGCGUGGGACGGAGGAAGGGGGUGAACGAGACAGCUUCGACCCGGAUACAGGCAGCGGCAUGUUGUUCCUCAGCAAUGUGACUGUGGCGCAUGCCGGGCGCUAUGAAUGUGAGGCAUGGAACCCCGGUGGUGUGGCGAGGGUGACUUUCCACCUGGCUGUCAACAUGUCCUCCUCUUCCUCCUCGUCCCAGUUCUGGCCUCGAUUGAACUCACCGUCCCUUUCAUCCUCCUCGUCCAAAUCCUACUACCAACCUGAGGUUCUGGACGUGAGCCAGGAGCCCUUGUAUGAGCAGGCGAGCAUGGACUUCAAUGCCCUGGGCCCUGCCACCCAGACGGCCAUCGCUGUGGGCAUUUCCCUGCUGGCACUCACAGCCCUCCUCCUCCUCAUCAUGAUCUACACUCGUCACAAGCAGCACCAGAAAGACGAAGGUGGCUCCUUCUGUACCAGCAAGGAAGAGAGCAUCCUGUAUGUGAACGACUACUCGGACGGCCCCACCACCUUUGCCCAGCUGGAGGAGUACCGCGAUGACCACGGCCAUGAGAUGUAUGUCCUCAACCGCGCAAAGCCUGUCCUUGGGCCCAUGUCCAGCAGCUGUCCCCUGGUGAGCGGGUGCAGUCAGCAGGGGAGCAUAAAGGAGGCGCUCCUGGACCAUGAGAUGGUUCAGACACUGGCCAUAUCCGGGGGUAUGGGGCCUCGGAGAAACCCAGCUGAGGGAGGAGAGGGGCCACCACCAACAGACCCUGAGGGGCUCUUCAUCAAUCAGGGUCUUCUGUUUGGGACGCAAGUGGCCUAUGAGAUCCAUUGCUGA